AGCCAAAGUACCGCCGCUGCAGGUCUCCUCUGUCCGCCGUAGCUACGGAUACGCAACUUCGCAUCCCACUCCCUUUCUCCCUGUUUACUUUGACCUCUCAGUCAGGUUUCCUCGAAACAAAACAAUCCCCCAACAACCCAACAACACCCUGAACCUCCAGUUUUCAACCUUACCCCCGCCGCCGCCGCCGCCACCCUCGCCAGACACUCGGAACUACUUUCAGUCAGUCUGCGCGCAUCUGCUAGUCUAGGUAUUCUGUAACCAGAGUGACAGAGCUUCCCCGCUGUGCUGUACUGCUGCACUGCUGUACAGACAAAACACAGACUGAAGAUCCGUCGUGCCUGACCUCGGGUUGGCUGCCUUGGGGUUCCUUGCCCGCGCCGUCGCCGCCGCCGCCUCUGCUCCGCUUGGGUAGUGCGUAGUACCUUGCUUUGGCGCAACUGCCCACUCUUAGCGCCAUCCAUCCCAUCCCAUCCAAAAGGUGACGAACGCAAGGUACCUCCAUCCUGUCCUACCUGUCCUACCAUUCUAUCCUAUCCCAUCCCAUCCCAUCCCAUCCCAUCCCACCGCAGACCGAGUCCCAAAGGUGGACGCAAAACCGAAAGAGGGACGGCAAGAAAUUAGACAACAUAUCCUUCUCCAACAAGGACCUCACUACCUUACCUGCUCCUCUUGCCACGACAUACAAUUCUAACCGGGGGUAAUCCUGCGCAUACAGAAGACAGAACCACCUGUUUCCAUUCCCUCCCCCACUUCGCAACCGUGUCGUGUCAUGACUCUGCCUCCCACCUCAUCAUGUCGGAACAAGCAAUGGACGACGUCUCCAAGUUUCUGCAAGACGUCAAGGAGAUGAAUGCUCGUCGCACCGAAGAAGACGACGCCCGCCAACGCGAACUCGACGAGAAGAUACAGCAGGAAAAGAGGGAACGCCAGGCCCGCCGCGCCGAACGCGCUCGAUCCAUUUCCCCUCAGAAAUCAUCUCCGGCCAAUACCCCACCACCUUCGUCUCGAGGCAACAGCACCGCGCAGCUUUCCGAUGACCUGAGACUGUCCUCUCCUGGCCUCGAACAAACCGGCAGCCCUCGUCCCCACUCUCGCUCCCGCGCAACACCGGCCCCCGACGCCAUGGAGAGCUUGUCGACCUCCCCCACCAAGGAGAACGAUUCCCCCCUCGACGCCGACAACAAGCCAUUCAGUAUGACGUCUCCAACCGGCGGUGGCGUGCAGGGAGCCCGCCCGCUGUCGUGGCAGAGACGCCCCAACUCGCAGCAUUCCGAUCGAUCCAAGAGCCGUCCCUUGUCCGUUGUCGCCGCAGAGAAUGCGGCCAGGACCUCGCCGAACCCCACGUCCGACCCCUCCUCCGCCACCGAACAGAACUUCUCUAGGGACCAGAUCUCCCAGGCACUGGGCUCCAAAGACCCUGCUUGGUUCCGUCAGACCCCCGAUCGUGCAAGCGUUGGCUCCGCUGCCAAUCGCAAGACCCAGGUCGAGGAUACCGACAUCACCGACAUGUCCUCCAUGCGCGCCCACCAGCUUCCUGGCUUGAGCCGCAGCUCCUCAACGGACCUGCCGCCCGAACUUUCCAGUCCGACCAAGGAAAACAGGCUCGGUUCCCCACUCUCGCUGUCCAGUGUCCAGAGGCUUGACCCUCCGGCUGAAAUAUCCUCCGAGAACGAUACAGUCGCACAGCGCCGCAUGUCAGUCUUGUCCUCGGGCUCAGGUCGCGCGUCCCCUACGAGACCCGUCUCGCCUACCAAGGGUAUGGGCGGCUUCGUCCAGAGUGCCAUGAUGAAGAGGUCAGACAGUGUCAAGAGAUGGAGCGUGACAUCGCCCCCGGGGCUCGUACGCGCUGAUUCGGCUACCUCGAGCCGGGUCGGCGAGCCUAGGUCCCGUCCCCAGAGCAUGUUCGUGCGCGACGGCGCAGCUACUCCCACCGGCUCGUCCCACUCCCACUCUCGCUCUCUUUCUCGUCCCGCGUCCCGACCAUCCUCUCGCCCUUCCUCCCGCCCUACCUCGCGCCACAGCAACCAGGAAUUUCAGGACGAGACCGAGACCACGCCCAAGGCCCCCGCCGCAGCCCCGCCGACGUCAGAAGCCAAGCCCGACACCCGAGACGAAGAAGGUGAAAAGGUGACGCCGCCACCCAGCCCUUCAAAGACCAUGGACACUAGGAGGUGGAGCCCUACGAAGGCGAGCUGGUUGGAAACAGCGUUGAACAAACCUGAGGCACCGAAGCCCAAGCCUCCACCAACGGCUAACCAGCCAGCCUGGAUGGUUGAGCUCAACAAGGCCAAGGCGCACAAGGCUGCCAAUCCCAGUGCUGAUCUUGGUCGAACUGGCUCCGUGGCAUCCAACAAGCAUGAAGUCAACAUCGGCGGGCUCAUGCGGUCGUCGCCCAUGGGCGGCCAAGAAGCGAAGCCGUCCGUCGGUGGGCUCAAGGGCAUUUAUGCACCAGUAAAGACUCACAAGACUGGCGGCAGCAUCAGCAGCCCGACUUUCCGCGGCAGCACCAUCAAGAGCCCAACGAGUGAGGAUAAGCCGGAAGAAACGCCCGCUCCCGUGGGAAUCCCGAAACCAUCAACUGCCAGUGACACUCCGGCCGUGACCAAGGUCAAGCCCGAAACACCUCCAAAGAAGGAUUUCAGAGCUGGCCUCAAGUCUCGAAACGUUUCCGGAGAUCCUGCGUCUUCCAAGGACCCAGCCAAUGAGUUGCAGAGCGUCUUCGGCAAUCUGCGCCGGACAAAGACGCAAAACUACGUUGCGCCGGACGAACUCAAGUCGAACAUUUCCCGUGGCAAAGCAUCCCUGAACAUUACGGGUGGCCCGAAGCCGAGUGACCUCAAAGAUGAGUUCAAGGAGGCGAUACUGAAGAAAAAGGAAGACUUUAAAGCUGCUCAGUCCCAAGGCAAAGGCGUGACUCGAGCCAAGUCCAAUGCUUCGGAAAACCCCGUACCCGAGGCCCUGUUGAAGCGACAUGCCCUGAGCAAGUCAAUCUCGGGCAGAUCAGAAGCGACAUCGCCUUCCGCCAUUGAACACCGCAAAUCUGUCAGCGAACGAUCAAAGCUCGUAACCAAGGACGACCCGAGCGAGUCCAUCCCCUCGCUUCGGUCCCCGUCGAACAAGUCCCCGACAAACAAAUCACCUGGCGUUCAGUCUCCAACAGAGCCGAGGCCUACGACGCCAACUCUUCAGAAAGAGACUAACGCUCCUGCCCGGCUUCAAGGACGUGCCGCUGCUGGUGGCUUGGCUGGUCGGUUCAACCCUGCGCUUGCGGGAAUCCUGGCUCGUGGCCCUCCCCCUAUGGCUUCUACCGGAGGACGUGAGGCCGAAAAGUCGGAGGAAUCCGGCGGUACAACCACCGAGCCCACGGCCCCGGGACCACAACUGACGCACAUGACUAAGGGCCGUGCUCGCGGCCCGAAGAGAAAGGCCCCAUCGUCCAAGGGCCUGUCUACCGCCGCUCCCGCCCCAGAGCCGGCAAAUGAGCCCAAGGCUAGCCCAGCAGUGGCCUCACCUGUGAAGGAAGAGCCACCUGUUGUCGCCGAGGAACCCAAGAAGAGCCCCCAGCAGGAAGCUCCGACAUCCAUCCAGGCCCAGGUAGCUGCCCAGGCAGCUGCCAAGAACAGGCCAGCGCCUCUCAAGUCAUUCGGAAAGCCUGCUGAGGCUCCGGUUGAGAAGCCCAUUUUCCCCGCCAAAGAAGAAGAGCCCGUUUCAAAGCGCAGAUCUCGGUCUCCUACGAUGAAGCUCCAGUCCUCUCCGAUAAAGCAACUCGAGGAGAAGCCUAACGAGCCUGCUUCUCAACCCAGUUCACCCAAAAAGCUGGACAUGAAGAGAGUGUCCAUGUUCUUUGAAGAAAAGAACCAAGAGACGCCCAAGCCGGAGAGCCCAAAGAGAGAUGAGCCAAGGGCAGAUAGCCCAAAGAGAGAGGAAUCAAAGGUGGAUAGCCCGAAGAGAGAGGAACCUAAGAUGGAGAGCCCGACGAGGGGCGAUGAGCUCAAGAAACAAAGCUCGGCUACAAUGCCCAGCAUCAAGCCCAAGCCGGUUUUUGAGAAGUCCUUCAGUCCCCCACCACAGAAGACUGAGGAAGUCUCUCCUGUCAAGACUUUCGGGCGCCCCCUGCCUGAACCGACGUCAAGCCCUGCAAAGAAGUCGUUCUCUGAUAGCGUGGAUGAAUCUUCCUCUCCUGCCAGGACCUUUGGACGACCCUUGCCCGAGCCUACACCUAGGUCGCCUAUCCGGUCUCCUGUACGGUCGCCGUCCAAUGAUCAAGCGGAUAGCCCACAUGUGGCGCCUCUCAGAACUUUCGGACGGCCCUUGUCAAGGCCCAGCUCACCUCAGAAGUCGAACGACAAGGUCGAUAGCGAGCCGGUGGUAUCCGUCAGGAAUGCUGCGGCGAUGUUUGGUGGUUCUGUCGUUCAGUCACCACCUCUUGAGAUACGGUCGCGAUUCGACAACACUGCGUCCCCGGUCCAAAGGUCCAGCACCCCCCCUUCAAGGGGCUCUGCCAGGCCUUUGCCAAUCCCGCCGAAACCUUCGUCUCCUACGCCUGUCGCUUCGCCCGUCCGAUCCCCGACCAAGUCGAGCUCGGAAGUCUCGGCCUUGCUGGACGACUUCUUUGGCACACAGCGACCGCAAAGAGAAUACCAUCUUGACACUGCCGAGGUAUUGAUGAAUAAGCCCCGUGUCCGCGAUAUCCAAAGCCAGGGCGCAAGACUCUUCCAGAUCACGGGCGAUGGCAAGAAAAUUCCCGUCCCGGCGCAUAAUGAGCGCAUCCUGUUUGAACGGGAAAUGUAUAUCUGCGCCAACGUCUUCACCAACGAGGCCGGCAGGAAGGAAACGGAGGUGUACUUCUGGGCCGGCGACGAAGUACCGGAAGCUACCAUGGAAGAUGCUGCUCUGUUUAUCAACCGUGAGGCUCGCUCUCUCGGCGGCAAAGUCGUCAAAAUGCGCCAGGGCAGAGAGACGCCGGAGUUCAUCAUGGCGCUUGGCGGCAUGAUCAUCACCCGCCGCGGCACCGGUGCCAAGUUUGACUCGUUGGCGCCCAGCAUGCUCUGUGGUCGCCGCAUGCUCGGCCAGGUCGUGUUCGACGAGGUCAACUUCUCGUCCACGAGUCUCUGCUCCGGGUUCCCAUUCCUCAUUACGCAGUCAGGAAAGUGCUAUCUCUGGAAGGGCAAGGGUAGUGACGUAGACGAGCUGAGUUGCGCCCGUCUCAUAGGUAUGGACUUGAGCCUGAUGGGCGAGCUCCUGGAAAUCGAGGACGGCAGCGAGCCGGACAGCUUCUGGGCCAUUUUCAAUGACGGUACGAAGCCGCAUUCCGCCGACCACUGGCGGUUGAAGUCCAAUUACGACAAGUAUUGCCAAAGACUGUUCCGCUCGGACGCGUCUGCAGCCCAACAGGUCUACGAAAUCAGCCCUUUCACUCAAGCCGACCUGGAUCCCUCAGGCAUCUACGUACUGGAUGCAUUCUUUGAGAUGUACAUAAUUGUCGGCAGAACGGCGCAGAGCCAGUACGGUUCCUUCCGCAACGCCCUGGAUUUCGCACAGGAGUAUGCCAUUCUGGCCAGUGGCAUGGAAGACCGCCCCUUUAUCCCCAUCUCGACGGUGGUGUUGGAGGGUAUCCCGAAAGACCUAAAAAGCGUGUUCCGGAAGUGGCGGGACGAGGCCAGCCCGACCAUCAUGCCUCAGAAGACGUCCGGGCUGAAGCGCGGCAGGAGUCUGCGCGUCGUUCCCCUCACCCAUGCACUGCAGGCGAUGAGUGAAUAACACAUCGAUUCUCCUAAGGAAAACAAACCAAAGAGACGGGUGGGGGCCGACGGGGCAGCGCAUGAUGUUUUCGAAAGCUAGUAGGCAAUGAAGGACGAUGGAUGGGCUUUCUUACUUUCUGUUGCCAAAUACCCGAAUGCUUGGAGGGAGAGCAGCACGUGCGUACAGAGUUGGAGGAUGGAAGAGUAUUUGUACAUGAUUGUUGUCGCAUUUGCAACUGGUUCGGGGAAGAGACAAGGACGGAGGCGGUUGGCGACGGGCGUUUCAAUAUUUUUAUUUUAGCCACUCCCACCGGUUCAGGCUGCUUGCUGGGGACAUGAUUCAUCGUCCAUGAUGGCCAUUGAUGGGCCGGCAUCGUGAAUUGGGGGAAUACUGAACGCAUCUGAAACAAAUAGACCGAGGCCGCCAGGGAGUGAGCGAGUGAGUGACCCUCUCGGUGGUGCAAAGACAUUGUCGAUUUGCACGAGUCCAUCCGUCACGAUCAUUCAGUCCGCUUUCCAACCCGACCUCGCGGGUGCUAUCAUACCAGGCACAACAACAGUACGAAUGGGGACAAAGGGCCAUGCAUGGUUGGGAACACACUUGAUCAAUUCAGCGUCAAACACUAAUAUACCAACCGUAACGAAGAGACCCGCCCUCAUCCUCCGCAACGAACCU